AUGAAUUUCGAUGCUGAAGUUGUCAAAGAGAAUGGACAAAUAGUUGGCACAAAAACACCUACUAAGCAUUCAUGUUUAGCUACUGUAAGAUUUGAAAUACCUGAUAAUUCACCACUUGAAAAAAUUUUAUUGACAAGGCGAAAACUACCAAGUAUCAAUGCAACAACUAAUGGUUUACAUCGUUCAAAUACUACUGGUCAACAUUUAUUGAAUGGAUUUCCUGGUCAUCUAAAUAAAACUUAUUCAAAUCAACAUUUAGAACAACAACAUGAAAAACUACCAAUAACUGCAUUAAGUGAUACAGAAAAUCAACUAACUAAUCAUUUCAAUGAAGAUUAUAUACAAACUAAUUCACGUCAAUCAAAAUCAACUAAUUAUCUAAUGCCUAAUCAAUAUGGUUAUUCAAUGAAUAAUCAUUCAAACAUUUUAAUGGAACCGCCAUUAAGGCAUAAGCAGUAUAUAACUGACGAUUCAGACGCUCGUUCAUCAGAAACUUUAAAAGAUCGUCAUCAUUAUGCCUCAUCUCGACAUUAUGAUCAAUAUGAACAAGUACCAUGUGACAAUGAAUUCGAUUCUGGUUCAGAACCAUUAUAUUAUAAUAGUCGACCAUAUAUCACAUCACACAGAAGUAGACCAUAUUCUUAUCGUCAAUAUACUGGUGAUUAUGAAUGGGAUGAUGAACAAAUUUGUUAUGAUUCACGUCAUGUAAAUAAUAUUGAUGAUAAUGAACAAUGGUAUAGUCAAUAUUCAGAAAAUGAUAAUUCCAAAUCGGAACAGGAAUAUUUUGAUCAGAAUUAUCAACAGCAAUAUUCACAUAAUUCCGAUUCAGAUGGAUACCGUAUUGACUGGCUUGAUGAAACACCACCAUCAGAACGUAGUCAUCCGGAAGAAGAAUAUAUGUUCAGCAGUAAUUAUGAAAAUCUUCAUAAUCAACAACAAUACAUCACAAACAUACCCAGAUAUCGUUAUUCUGGUCGUUCAGAUGAUGAAGAAUAUUUAUACCCUCAACCGUCAAUGGAUGAACAGAGUCCAGUUUAUUCUGAUUUUGGACCGUUUUCAGAUGUUGAUGAAGCUGAUUGGAAUCCUGAUUAUGUUAACUAUCGUCAUGGAGGUGAUUAUCUACCAUGGGCAGAUGAAUAUCAAAUAAGAUCUGGUCAACGUCGUCGACGAUCGCGUUUCAGUCCUCAGAAUGUUCGAUAUUAUAGAAGAGGUUAUCCUCGUUUUCCGUAUCCUCAACCCACAUAUGGAAUUUCACCUUCUGACGUUUGUUGCGAUAAAUAUACGCCUGCAAAAUAUAAUAUGCCCUCAAAUUAUGGUUGUUGUUCAUGUGAAUCAGAUUAUGAAGUGGAUACAAAAAUUAUUUGUUUUGAUCAAACACAAAAUUAUACUCCAAUCGGUGUAAAUUAUCAAUUGGAAGCUUCAAGUCCUAGUGUUGGUAAAUUGUCAUUAGCUCUAAGUCGAUCAAGCUCUCCAGCACGAACGUAUAGUCCUAAUGUAUGUUUAAAAGUUAUUAGUCCAGAAUCAGUCAAAAAUGAUUUUCGUGCAUCUGCUGAAGCUGCAGUCGCGCAACACUUGCCUCCCGGUGAACAUCCUGCAGACUUACAUUUUGUGAAUGUAACUCCAAUCCCAGUCACGUCUUCAGUGAUAUCUUCUAAUAUUUCACACAAUCAGACAACUGUUUCGUCUAAACAAAGUAAUAUCAGUCCAGCCGAUGGUACACUGGAUCAUUUUAAAACAGAUAAUAUAAUGAAACUUCCACAAGAUACAUCAGUAUCAACAGUUUUCUCCACUGCUAUUGAUACCUCCCCAUUUAUUUCAAACAAUCGGUUAGCUAUGGCUCGUGAUAGUUUUCGUCAUUCUACUGACCAUAGCAAAUCGAUUUCUAGUACUGUUGAAAAAAUUACAUAUGAACCAAAUACUGAUUUUCUACAAGAAACGCAAGCCUCUACUGUAACGUAUAAUACUGAUCCCAGCAGGAGUUUAAUUACUCAGAAACAAGAAUCAGCGCCAAAAGUAGUUAGAACUACAACGACAAGUCAAACACCUACUCCUACUACUACCACCUAUUCAACUACUUCAAGUGCAAGUGUAAAUUUUCCAAAUUUAUGGGAUCAAAAAUCAGCUUUUAAACCUGUGAUACGUUCCUUAGAAGCUGCUAAAGAUCGAUUUUUCUCAAACAAUACAUUAUUUCCAACAUUUUCACAAUUAAAACAAACCACGACAAUGGAACAAACCAAUGAGAAAAGUAGAAGCAUAGUAAAUCAUAUUGAUAAGAAGCAUGAAACUACUGCUAGUUCAAUGAGAAUUAUGCCAAAUAAUCAUGAUAAUAAUAUUAAUAGCAGCAGCAACAGUGGUUAUAAAGAUACUUCAAAGUAUUUAAUGUCAAGUUCUGAAUUUUCCGCGUUAAUUCCACCACCACCACCACUAAUACCGAAAUCAUCAAAGUUUUCUACUUCCGAAUUAAAUUUAUCUAAUGUUACCAAUGUAAAUAAUAAUUAUAAUUUCUCUACUCCUCUCAAUGAAUUAAAUAAUAAAUUUUUACCAAUUAAAAAUUUCACUGAUAAAUUACCAUCAUCUACAAUUAUUAUGAAUGAUGGUUCACAAAUUACCACUACUAUUACAACAAUUGCUGCUACGACUAAUGCUUACAUUGGUACUGUCACUAGCACAACUACACCAACUGGAAUUUCUGGUGAUCAUGGUUUAUUUUACAAAACUAGUGUAACAAGUAGUAGUUAUUUACCAACUCAAAUUAAUGAAUUAAACAAAACAUCGGAAUCGUUAUAUUCUAUGAAUAAUGAUCGACAUGUGAAUGAUACUGCAGUUAAUGUACAGAAAUUAACCUAUGAUAGUGAUAUAUCAUAUCCUUCAUCGCCUAAAAUAAUAAAACGUUACUCAGACGAUGUUCCAUUUAAAUAUGUAAAUGAAUCUACAUUUAGCGCUGAAGAACAUUUGAAAGAAUUGAGAAUCAGAGCAGGAUUAGGACCUAUACCAGGAUAUGAAUCUGUUACAUUACGAAAUGCAUCUUCUAUGACACCGUUAAAAAUGGAUGAUGAUUUAACUUCUACAUCAACAUUACCAUCUUAUACUAUCUCCUCUGCAAUGCCUACUUAUUUUAAUGCUGGAACUAAUGCAUCAAAACCUAUUUAUUCUGUAAAUAUAAAUUCAUUCAUUCCAAAACUACAAAAUUCCAGUACAUCCACACCAUCUAUACCAUCUUUAUUAUCUAAUAUAAAAUCCGGUUUCAUUGGACCAAUAAGCAAAGUACAACCACAACCAUCAUCAUAUUCAUCAAGUCAAGCAUCAAGUACAAACAAGCCUUCAGCAUCUAGUUUAUUUUCUAACUUUUUAACAUCUGCUGCUUCCAAAGCUCAAACAGUUGCCACAGGUGCCUUGAAACAAGCGAAUGCUGCAGCUGAUGCUGCAAAAUUAGCUGCUAAUCAAGCUGCUGAACAAUUUGCAGCUCAAGCUAAUCAAGUUAAUCAAAAAACUACCAGUCAAGUACAACAACAACAACAACAACAACGAUCACAACCAAAAGUAUCCGAUCAAUUAUCUGAUGGUCAAAAUCAUGUCACCAGUAUGAACAAUGUCCAAGAACCUGUAAGAUUUUCUCAUGAUACUAUGUUGGUAGCUGAUUCAGACAGUGCUUUACUAAAACCAAAAGAGCGAAUAGAACAAAAUGAAAAUGAAAUUCAUGCGAAUUCUCGUGAGUAUCAGCAAGACAAUCUACCAGUACAACAACGACAACAACAACAACAACAACGUCAUUGGUUACAUGAACAAACUCAAGAUGUCACUACAGAUGAUGAUUAUGACGAUGCAGAGUAUGGUUAUGAACAAAGUCCUUAUGAAUCAUAUCAUCAAAGAAAAGAAUUUGAAUAUGAUGAUAAUUAUCGAUCGACUAUCAAUGAAUAUAAUAAUCAUGUGAAUAAGAAUGAGUUAUAUGAUGAUAAUUUGGAUCAACGUGUUUUAUUGCAACAACAAUCUAGUUUUGAUAAUAAUCACCAAUUUGAUGAAAAUCAUUACAAUUACAAUGAUGAUAUUAAUAAUUAUGGUGUGAAUGGUAUCAGCUCAUUGGAUUUACCAGAUCCAGAAACUUUACGUGCUUUGAAGAAACGAGAUAAAAUGAUGAUGGUUGCAGCUACUGGAGUUUAUUCACCUGUAUUCAAUGGAUCAAGUCAAUCAGGUUACUUUGAUGAUUUAAAUGAUGUAGAAUAUCAGGAUGAUGAUGAUGAUGAUGACAGUGAAGUAGAACAACAGUUGAAGAAAGAACACAGAAGAAUUAGUAAAAAGUCUGAAAAUAAUGAAUCCAUUGAACAAGAAUAUGACGAACAAAACGAAAGACAAAUUCGAAAGCUUAUAACUCAAUCUUCUCAAGAUGAAGUAAAUGCCAAAAAUAAUAUUCAUCGUACAUCUCGACGAAGUUCAGAUGGUAAAAUUCUUCAAUCAUUACAAUUAUCUUCAAAUGGUUAUAACAAUGAUUUUAAUGAAAUGCAACUUUUAUCAAAACGACGAAUGUCUUGUGAAGGGGUACGUAGAACAUCCAGUGAUUGGCAUCGAUUUACGCCAAAUUUACAAGCACUGGAUAUCCAAGAAACAGAUGAUAAUGAAGAGGAAUGGUCUAAUGAAAAACAGAUUGCAGAAAAUAAUUUCGACUAUUCUCAUCAUCACUCUAGAACUUCAGUUCACCAAGAUGAGACUAUGAAGAAAGAAGAAAUUGAACAUGAUAAGGUUAUGGAGCCUAUAGAAAAAACUUCACGUCAACGAUGGUAUGAUGCCUUUGACAAAGUGUGCAGUCGCUUACGUUCAGAAGGAAGUUUAUUUCCUGUUGUCUCACCGAAUUCAGAUGAUCUACAUUCUUCAUUCUAUACAAAUAUUGACAGUGCACCUGAUAUUCGUUUGAAAAAGAAACCGAAAUCAUUAGUUAGCGAUUUAGUCAUUCAGACUAUGGCUGUACAAAAACGAAAUAUGGGUACAGCAAGCGCGAAUCUGAUCACUCGUCAAUCAAUAAAUGAUGAAGAAAUGAAACAACAUGUAUACAAAAAAACUUUACAAGCUCUACUAUAUCCAAUAUCAAGUAAUACACCACAUAACUUUCAAGUAUGGACCGCUACCAGUCCAACUUAUUGUUAUGAAUGUGAAGGUCUUCUUUGGGGAUUAGCAAGACAAGGUCUACGAUGUACCGAGUGUGGUGUAAAAUGUCAUGAUAAAUGUCGAGAAUUAUUAAAUUCCGAUUGCUUACAACGUGCUGCGGAAAAAUCAGCGAAACAAGGAGCUGCGGAUAAAGCACAAACUAUUAUGCAAGCAAUUAAAGCAUUAAUGUCACAAAGAAUAAGCGAAAUGCCUGAUCUAUUCAAUUUACUUGGUUUAGUAUUUAAAGUAGACAGUAAAACACAUGAACGUAAUUUAUUGCAAGCUGAACAAAGUAUCCUAGAUGGAACUAGUAAAUGGUCAGCGAAAAUUGCAAUAACUAUUAAAUGUGCUCAAGGUCUAAUUGGAAAAGAUAAAACUGGUACAAGUGAUCCUUACGUGACAGUACAAGUUGGUAAAGUGAAAAAACGCACAAAAACCGUUCCACAAGAACUUAAUCCAGUUUGGAAUGAAAAAUUCUACUUCGAAUGUCAUAAUGCUUCGGAUCGAAUUAAAAUUCGAGUAUGGGAUGAAGAUAAUGAUCUACGGGCUAAACUUCGUUCAAAGCUCACUUCAGAAUCUGAUGAUUUUCUAGGUCAAGCUAUUAUUGAAUUACGUACAUUAUCCGGUGAAAUGGAUGUAUGGUAUAAUCUUGAAAAACGUACUGAUAAAAGUGCUGUUUCCGGUGCAAUUCGUUUAUUCAUUUCAGUAGAAAUUAAAGGUGAAGAAAAAGUUGCACCAUAUCAUGUUCAAUAUACAUGUUUACAUGAGAAUAUAUUUCAUUAUUUAUGUGAAACAAAUAAAAUUGAAGGUAAACCAGAAGUUGAACUGCCUGAUGCCUCUGGGGACGAUGCUUGGAAGGUAUAUUUCGAUCCGCCUGCACAAGAUAUUGUCAAUGAGUUUGCUAUACGUUAUGGGAUUGAAUCGAUUUAUCAAGCAAUGACGCAUUUUUCUUGCUUAACAACCAAAUAUAUGUGUACUGGCGUACCGGCUACUAUGUCUAACCUUCUAGCUAAUAUUAAUGCCUUUUAUGCGCAUACAUCAGCUUCUAGUAAUCAGUCAGCUUCGGAACGUUUCAGUGCAAGUAACUUUGGUAAAGAGAAAUUCGUCAAACUAUUGGAUCAAUUACACAACUCUUUACGCAUCAGUUUAUCUAUGUAUCGUAAUUCAUUUCCUGCUUCACAACCGGAUAAAUUGCAAGAUUUGAAAUCGACUGUAGAUCUUUUAACCAGUAUUACAUUCUUUCGAAUGAAAGUUCAAGAACUGACUAGUCCACCUAGAGCUAGUCAAGUAGUGAAAGAAUGUGCACGUGCAUGUAUGCAAUCCACCUAUCAAUUUAUCUAUGAAAAUGUCAAUGAAGUAUACUCUAAACAAUUUCAAGAGACUGUUACACAAGAGGAAGGUUCACCUUCAUUGAAAUCGUUGGUAUUUUGGCAUCGUCUAAUUACGUUACUAGUUUCUGUAAUCGAUGAAGACAAGACCACAUAUGCUGCUGUCAUUAAUCAAUUUCCACAAGAAGUUAAUAUGGGUCAUAUUAGUGCACUAUGCAUGUGGGAACGUUUAUCUGAUGAUAUUCAAAUCGCCUUAGAAGUUCAUGCACAUACGGAUACACGAUAUUGUAAAUCAUCAGAUUAUAUGAAUUUAUUUUUUAAAUUAAAAUGGUUCUAUAAUAAACAUGUAGCUUUGAUUCCUUCACAAAAAGAUGUUAUACCUGAAUAUCCACGUUGGUUUGAAGUGUUUGUUAUGCAAUGGUUAAAUGAAAAUGAUGAAGUAUCAAUGGAUUUCUUGCGUAAUGCCUAUGAACGUGAUAAAAAAGAUGGAUUUCAACGAUCUAGUGAACAUGCGCUAUUUUCUAAUUCAGUUGUGGAUGUUUUCACACAACUUAAUCAGUGUUUUGAUGUGAUUAAAAAACUUGAAUGUCGUGAACCAAGUGUACAAGAACGUUUCUUAAAUCGUUUUGCUCGUACUGUUAGUAAAGUACUACUGACUUAUGCUGAAAUAGUCAAAGCUGAUUUCAAAUAUUGGAUACAUCAACAAGAGACUGCAUGUAUCAUCAUGAAUAAUAUACAACAAUUACGUGUACAAUUAGAAAAAGUAUUUGAAGCAAUGGGUGGUAGUGCAUUAUGCGAGGAUACAUUGAAUACAAUGAAUGAUUUACAACAAAUGCUUCAAGCAGUCAUUGAUGAUUUAGCUUCACAAUAUGCUGAAGCAUUACAAGUGCAAAUUAUACAAAAGAUUAAAGAAUUAAGCAAAUUAUUGCAUCAAUGUCCACCUCAUUCCAAAACAAGUGUAGAAACUGAAGCUGAACACAUAUUACAUCCACUUAUGGAUCAUUAUGAAUCAACAUUAUCAGCUUUAGCAGAUUUAUGUGAAAAAACAGUGUUGAAACGAUUGUUAAAGGAACUCUGGAAAGUUACAAUGCAUAAUUUAGAGAAACAGGUUGUACUGCCUACUGUUGCUGAUCCAAGAGCUAUGUUUUUGAAUUUGUCCAUUCCAUCAACGGCACAAGCUAAAUUAACCAGUGUAUCACAAAGUUUACUAACAAAUGUAAGCAGUCAGUUACCAGCUAGUCGAUUAUUACAAGAUAUGUCAAAAGAUGCUGGAAUUUCAGAGCGUAAUUUAACACCGCGUCAUUGUCAAAUUCUAGAUAUAGCAUUAGAUGCAAUUAAAAACUAUUUUCAUGCUGGUGGUAGUGGAUUGAAAAAAGUUUAUUUAGACAAAUCACCAGAAUUACAAUCACUCCGUUAUGCAUUAUCAUUAUAUACUCAAACAACGGAUGCAUUAAUUAAAAAUUUUGUAGCUACUCAAACAUCACAAGAUAAACCUGCAAUUGAAGAUAGUGUUGGAGAGAUUUCAAUUCAUGUAGAUCUCUUUCGUCAUGCUUCACAUGGUGAGCAUAAAGUUACUAUAACUGUGAUUGCAGCAAAUAAUUUGAAAUGGACAACAUCUGGAACAUUUAAACCUUUUAUUGAAAUAGUAUUGUUUGGUCCAUUAUUAAGUGAUAAAAAGCAUAAAUUUGCAACAAAAUCAAAAAAUAAUGUUUGGUCUCCCGUAUACAAUGAAACAUUUACAUUUUUUCUCAGUGCUGGUUCUGACCCGGAAUCUUAUGAAUUGCAUAUAUGCGCAAAAGAUUAUUGUUUCGGUCGUACAGAUCGAUUGAUUGGUUUGACUGUACUACAACUACGUGAUUUAGCAACAACAAGUGAUUUAAAUGUUUCACCUACGCUUAAUCCAAGAGGUGGUGGAACUGCUGGUGGUCAAAGUGGUGCUUGUGCAUGUAUUUGUAGCCUGGGAAAAAGAUUACAUCUUGAUGAUACCGGAUGGACAAUACUUCGUAUAUUAUCACAACGUCCUCAAGAUGAGAUAGCUCGUGAAUUUGUCCGUCUCAAAUCAGAAGUUCGUAGUCCUUGUGAUUCAAUAGGAAAUACUGCUAAUUCUGUUACUAGUAGUUCAUUGAAUGGAUCUGUUCCACGUAGCCGAUAA